CACUCAGUUCGAGAAUCUGAAGCUCAUCCAGUGAACAGCGAAGUGGUCAUACGCCUUGCUCAUCAAAUAAGCAAGAACUACUCAGUGUCGGCUCCCCUUUACUGGCAGCAAGUGUUGAUAAAAACAAGUACCAAACGA